UCACAUCCUCACUACUGAAUACAUCCGUCAAAACCAACUGAACAAACAGUAUAUGUUUUAGCAUUAAAUUAAUUUUUUCUGGUUAAAAGUGCCUCAAAAUCUAGGCUUUUGAUCAAUUAUAUAAUUGAAUUCACAAAUUAUAAAGAGUUAGUGUAAAAUGCAAGCCAUUAAGUGUGUGGUUGUCGGCGACGGAGCUGUGGGUAAAACAUGUCUAUUGAUAAGCUAUACAACAAAUGCCUUUCCCGGCGAAUACAUCCCAACAGUAUUCGACAAUUAUUCAGCUAAUGUUAUGGUUGACGGAAAGCCCAUAAAUCUGGGCCUUUGGGAUACGGCUGGUCAGGAGGAUUACGAUCGACUGAGACCACUCUCCUAUCCACAAACGGAUGUGUUUCUAAUCUGUUUCUCUCUCGUAAAUCCGGCCUCAUUUGAAAACGUUAGGUCAAAGUGGUAUCCAGAGGUGAGCCAUCACUGUCCGCAAACACCCAUCAUAUUAGUGGGAACUAAACUGGAUCUGAGAGACGACGCGAAGACGAUCGACAAACUGAAAGACCGAAAGCUGAGUCCCGUGUCGUACGCACAGGGAUUGUCAAUGGCUAAGGAUAUCGGUUCCACUAAAUACCAGGAGUGUUCGGCUCUCACCCAAAAGGGCCUCAAGAAUGUGUUCGAUGAGGCCAUCCGUGCCGUCCUCUGCCCCAAGACUAAGCCCAAGAGGCAACACAAAUGCUCUCUUAUUUGAGUGACAAUUAUUGUGUAGUUUUAAUGCAAUUUUCAGCGAUUAUUGCAAUUAUUUAUCUAACCAUUGGCUAAAUUGAAUUUAACCCACAAUUAGUAUUUAUUGUAAACCUAUA